GCAGUAGAGACAGACAAAAUUAAAAAGAGGAAAGAACAGCAGGGAGGGGCUUAUUUUCAUACAUUAUGCUAAUUUACAUUACACAUUACAUUAAAGUAAGGUGGUUUUCUUCAUCCAAAUUAUUUCACCCAUUUUAAACCAUAAAACAAUGGGGGUGAAAUCUCAUCUGCGCCAUUUGAUGUAAUCUUUCUGCGUCCCUUUCAGGAAGGAAGGUGCAACCACACAAUGAAGACAGCCUGUUGCUUUCCUCGGUAUGUUCACAGCAGGAAUCAGGCAGCGACUUAACUAGACAUGAAGUUUCCCCUUCUUCCCUCGGGUCUAUUUGCCAAAGACCCCUGCACCUUUUAGAAUUUCCUGAGGUUGGGCUGGUGGAGAGCAGAAACCCGGAGGCUAGAUUCAGGAGACCUGGUUUCCCAUGCCACUUAGUAGCCUGUGACAUUGAGCACAAUACUUAACUUUUCAGCGCUUCGGUUUCAUUACUUGGGAAAUGGGAACAACAUAUCUGUUUCAUAAGAUUGUUGUGAAGACGAAACAGGCCUGUGUGUGAAAAGCCCUUUCUAAACUGUAAAACGCUCCCCAGAUGUUAGUUAUUAUCUCCUUUAAAGGGCACGGAAUCUGUUUCAAUAAUACAGGAGGUUGCAAAAAGGCUCCUUGACACUUUUUGCUCAGAACUUGACCCUGAGUUUAAUCUCGCCGUGAAGUGAAAGGGUUCCUGUGCCCCCCCCGCAGCCCGGGGCAGGGUCACCCUCGCGGCCGGGGCGGUCACUGCCGUAUUCCGUCCUGAGCUGUCGCUCCCCCACGAUCCUCCCACCAGUCCCGGGAGGGCCGCGACGUCCCUUGCAGCUUGGGUGGCGCCAGCUAGAGGGCGCGGGCCGGGGCGGAACCCGGUACCGCGGCUCGGGUGGCGGCGGUGGGGGCGGGGCGAGGGGCGGACCCUCGCGCGGAGGGCGUGGUCUGGGCGUCCGGGGCGUCCGGGGCGGCCGGCGCGCGGAGCCUGCGAACCAGCCAGCUAGCGAGCGACGGGCGCGCGCGGCCCCUGCGCACUCGGCCGCCGCCUGCGCGCGUUGCGGGCGGAGCGGCACCCUCGCGUCCACGGUUCCGCGGCCAAGCCCCGGGAGGACGCGCUCCCCUGCGCCGUCAGCACCCGCGCCCCUUCCCACCGCAACAGGUCAGGGGAGGGCGGAGGUGACGAGGGCGCCCGACCCGGGACUAGAGGACGGAAGGGUCUGGAAGAUGAACAAACUUGCCACUUUCCACUGACUGGAAGCAAUGGCGUUUACGGAAAGAGUCAACAGCAGUGGCAGCAGUUUGUACAAUGACGACAGAAACCUGCUUCGAAUUAGAGAGAAGGAAAGACGCAACCAGGAAGCUCACCAAGAGAAAGAGACAUUUCCUGAAAAGAUUCCCCUGUUUGGAGAGCCCUACAAGACAGCAAAAGGUGAUGAGCUAUCUAGUCGAAUACAGAACAUGCUGGGAAACUAUGAAGAAGUGAAGGAGUUCCUUAGUACUAAGUCCCAUACUCAUUGCUUGGAUGCUUCUGAAACUAGAUUGGGAAAGCCGAAGUAUCCUUUAAUUCCUGAUAAGGGGAGCGGCAUUCCAUCCAACUCCUUCCACACUAGCGUCCACCACCAGUCCAUUCACACUCCUGCGUCUGGACCACUUUCUGUUGGCAGCAUUAGCCACAAUCCAAAGAUGGCGCAGCCAAGAACUGAACCAAUGCCAAGUAUCCAUGCCAAAAGCUACGGCCCACCAGACAGCCAGCACCUGACCCAGGAUCGCCUUGGUCAGGAGGGGUACAGCUCUACUCAUCACAAGAAAGGUGACCGAAGAACUGAUGGAGACCAUUGUGCUUCGGUGGCAGACUCGGCUCCAGAGAGGGAGAUUUCUCCGUUAAUCUCCUCUUUGCCUUCCCCAGUUCCCCCUUUGUCACCUAUACAUUCCAACCAACAAACUCUUCCCCGUACACAAGGAAGCAGCAAGGUUCAUGGCAGCAACAAUAACAGUAAGGGCUACUGCCCAGCCAAAUCUCCCAAGGACAUAGCAGUGAAAGUCCAUGAUAAAGAGAUCCCUCAAGACAGUUUGGUGGCCCCUCCCCAGCCACCUUCUCAGUCAUUUCCACCUCCCUCCCUACCCUCAAAAAGUGUUGCAAUGCAGCAGAAGCCCACGGCUUAUGUCCGGCCCAUGGAUGGUCAAGAUCAGGCUCCUAGUGAAUCUCCUGAACUGAAACCACUGCCGGAGGACUAUCGACAGCAGACCUUUGAGAAAACAGACUUGAAAGUGCCUGCCAAAGUCAAGCUCACCAAACUGAAGAUGCCUUCUCAGUCAGUUGAGCAGACCUACUCCAAUGAAGUCCAUUGUGUAGAAGAGAUUCUAAAGGAAAUGACCCAUUCAUGGCCUCCUCCUUUGACAGCAAUACAUACGCCUAGUACAGCUGAGCCAUCCAAGUUUCCUUUCCCCACAAAGAAAGUGGGGAGGGACAAAAAAGAACUUACAACUAAUGAUCCUGUAAAUAUGUGUCAUUUUGUUGCUCUGAUAAUGUUUCCCUUCCCCACAGAACAAUAUGAUACAUCUUCAAAAACCCAUGCAAAUUCUCAGCAAGGAACAUCGUCCAUGCUCGAAGACGACCUUCAGCUCAGUGACAGUGAGGACAGUGACAGUGAACAAACCCCAGAGAAGCCUCCCUCCUCAUCUGCACCUCCAAGUGUUCCACAGUCCCUUCCAGAACCAGUGGCAUCAGCACAUUCCAGCAGUGCAGAGUCAGAAAGCACCAGUGACUCAGACAGCUCCUCAGAUUCGGAGAGCGAGAGCAGUUCAAGUGACAGCGAAGAAAAUGAGCCCCUAGAAACCCCGGCUCCGGAGCCUGAGCCUCCAGCAACAAACAAAUGGCAGCUGGACAACUGGCUGACCAAAGUCAGCCAACCCGCCGCGCCACCAGAGGGCCCCGGGAGCACAGAGCCCCCUCAGCGGCACCCAGAGAGUAAGGGCAGCAGCGAGGGUGCCGCAAGUCAGGAGCGUUCUGAAUCCAAAGAUCCUCCCCCAAAAAGCUCCAGCAAAGCCCCCCGGGCCCCUUCCGAAGCCCUCCACCCUGGAAAGAGGAGCUGUCAGAAAUCCCCGGCACAGCAGGAGCCCCCGCAGAGGCAAACCGUUGGAACCAAACAACCCAAAAAACCUGUCAAGGCCUCUGCCAGGGCGGAUUCGCGGGCCAGCCUGCAGGUGGAAAGGGAGCCAGGACUUCUUCCCUAUGGCUCCAGAGACCAGACUUCCAAAGACAAGCCCAAGGUGAAGACGAAAGGACGGCCCCGGGCCGCAGCAAGCAGAGAGCCCAAGCCAGCAGUGCCCCCGACCAGUGAGAAGAAGAAGCACAAGAGCUCCCUCCCUGCCCCCUCUAAGGCGCCCUCAGGCCCAGAACCCACGAAGGACAAUGUGGAGGACAGGAGCCCUGAGCAUUUUGCUCUUGUUCCCCUGACUCAGAGCCAGGGCCCGUCUCACAGUGGUGGAGGCAGCAGGACUAGUGGCUGCCGCCAAGCCGUGGUAGUCCAGGAGGACAGCCGCAAAGACAGACUCCCAUUGCCUUUGAGAGACACCAAGCUGCUCUCACCGCUCAGGGACACUCCUCUCCCCCAAAGCUUGAUGGUGAAGAUCACCCUAGACCUGCUCUCUCGGAUACCCCAACCUCCUGGGAAGGGGAGCCGCCAGAGGAAAGCGGAAGAUAAACAGCCACCCACCGGGAAGAAGCAUAGUUCUGAGAAGAGGAGCUCAGAUAGCUCAAGCAAGUUGGCCAAAAAGAGAAAGGGUGAAGCAGAAAGAGACUGUGCUAACAAGAAAAUCAGACUGGAGAAGGAAAUCAAACCACAGUCCUCUUCGUCUUCAUCUUCAUCCUCCCACAAAGAAUCUUCUAAAACAAAGAGCUCCAGGCCCUCCUCAGAGUCCUCAAAGAAGGAAAUGCUUCCCCCACCACCUGUGUCUUCGUCCUCCCAGAAGCCAGCUAAGCCUGCACAUAAGAGGUCAAGGCGGGAGGCAGACACCUGUAGCCAGGACCCUCCCAAAAGUGCCAGCAGUACCAAGAGCAGCCACAAAGACUCUUCCAUUCCCAAGCACAGAAGAGUGGAGGGGAAGGGCUCCAGAAGCUCCUUGGAGCACAAGGGUUCUUCCGGAGAUACUGCAAAUCCUUUUUCAGUGCCUUCUUUGCCAAAUGGUAACUCUAAACCAGGGAAGCCUCAAGUGAAGUUUGACAAACAACAAGCAGAUCUUCACAUGAGGGAGGCAAAAAAGUUGAAGCAGAAAGCAGAAUUAAUGACGGACAAGGUUGGAAAGGCUUUUAAGUACCUGGAAGCCGUCUUGUCCUUGAUUGAGUGUGGAAUUGCCAUGGAGUCUGAAAGCCAGGCAUCCAAGUCGGCUUACUCCGUCUACUCAGAAACUGUAGACCUCAUUAAAUUCAUAAUGUCAUUAAAAUCCUUCUCAGAUGUCACAGCGCCAAUACAAGAGAAAAUAUUUGCUGUUUUAUGCAUGCGUUCCCAGUCCAUUUUGAAUAUGGCGAUGUUUCGUUGUAAAAAAGACAUAGCAAUAAAGUAUUCUCGUACUCUUAAUAAACACUUCGAGAGUUCUUCCAAAGUUGCCCAGGCACCUUCUCCAUGCAUUGCAAGAAGCACAGGCACACCAUCCCCUCUUUCCCCAAUGCCUUCUCCUGCCAGCUCCGUAGGGUCCCAGUCGAGUGCUGGCAGUGUGGGGAGCAGUGGUGGGAUGGCUGCCACCAUCAGCACCCCAGUCACCAUCCAGAAUAUGACAUCUUCCUACGUCACCAUCACGUCCCAUGUCCUUACCGCCUUUGACCUUUGGGAACAGGCCGAAGCCCUCACAAGGAAGAAUAAGGAUUUCUUUGCUCAGCUCAGCACAAAUGUGUGCACCUUGGCCCUCAACAGCAGUUUGGUGGACCUGGUGCGCUACACACGACAGGGUUUUCAGCAGCUGCAAGAAUUAACCAAAACACCUUAAUGGAGCCCCAGGUUGAUUCAAUGCCUUGGGAACUAUUUUUGCACAUUGGAAGCCUCAGAAACAGUCCAGACAUUUGUCUCAUCAGGACACCAAACUCUAAAACAGAAGCACCAUGAGAUGGCCAGGACAUUUGUCCACCUACUCUCAACAACUGUGUGAUCAUUGGUUGGACACUAUGGUUAUGCAGAAGCAGAGAUGAGGAGGCCGGCCCCAGAGAUGAUCUUGCCCUUCCUAACUAAAGGACAGAAGUGCAAUGUAGCUUAAAUGGGUGUAUGAAUGGUCUAGAAACAUUUCUGUUUUUUUUUUUUUUUUUUUUUAAACCAGUAGGAUCCAAGUUGCAAAUGAAAUAAGGAGAAGCAGUUUCAACUCUGAAAGUGAAUUCACAUCAUCUCAGUAGCCACACUAGUCCAUUCCCAGAAGGAAAUUUUUUUUAACAAUGACUUUUGGUGGAGGGUUUUGUGGAUGAUUUCUUUUUUUCUUUCAAGUUUUGGGAGAAGUGUUUGUUCAGUAACUUCGAAUGGCCAUCUGUCAAUCAUAAGUUGUGAAGGACUCCACUGUGCCCCACUUUCUGCCAAUGAACAGUGGCUUGAUAAUACCAAGUAUUGUUGUAAUUUAUAAAAUUGAAGGCAACCCCCGCUCCCGCCGCCCCACAUCCCCCCAUUGCCUAGAGUGCUGCACGUUCACCCCAGCUCUGACUUCUCUGUUUCUGUGCUGAAACUCAGCCCACGUCAGAGCGGCAAGGAGGAGCCACAGCACGUGGGGUGCUGCCUCGUGGUCUGCAUGGGAGGACUUGGCGCUGCCAUUUCCCACCCCUGCUUCAGCAAAAGGGACUCUCUAACAGGGCAGUCACUGUUGACUCUAUCUGAAUAUCCUACCUUGGGGAAGAAGGGAACCAACAUUUAUACCUGACCAGAUGGCUAAAGUGCUUUUAAAGUUUUAAGUAGAGCUGGAAUUUGAGGUGCUGAUCUGUGGUCUACAGUUAUGUGGUACUCAUGUUGUCCAACCAACUCAAGAGUUUCAUCAGUGAACAAGAAAAAUGAAAUCUUCUUAGAGAGGCUAUAUUUUUCUGCUACAAAUUAUUUUAUAUUUAUAGCAAAACUAAACUUUCAGAGUCCUUGACUGUCUAGGGGAAGUUAACUCCGUAAGAGGAUGUAGAGAUUUUGGGGUGGUUAAUUAGACUUUUGAAAAAAUCGUCACCACAUGCCUUCACUCCAGAGUGUUCUCAGCUAGAUUUGAUUUGGUUGAGGAGGAACUGUGGCCCUUCGAAAGUUAUUGCCAUAGUGUAUACAUUAAACCAAGUCCAUUUUGAAUGACCUAAAAUAGUCAGAAAUCCCAUGUGCCCAUAGGCACAGUCUUUUUCGUUGAAACUUUGAAGGAUAUUAUUGGAAACAUUAUUUUGAGUGCAGUAUUUUUAAAAGCCAAUUCUUCUUUAUCCCUUUUAGAGGUAGAAUUUGCACAUGUGUUACAAUUGAGGAGCGUCAUCUCUGUAACUAGCUUUUCUCCACCUUUGCCCCAUUCUGCCCCUCUGCGUGUUUCCUAUCAGGUGUGUUUCCCAUUUUCCUAUUGGUGGAGGAGGGAGAACCAUCUUUAUUUAUAAUGAAAACCUCUAAGAUCCCUAUGAUGAAUGCAGGAACUCUCUUGGUUGUUGGUAAAUAUACAAAGGGAUAUUUGUUUUGAGGGAUGGGAGCAAUGCUUAUCUCACAGUAUGAGUGGUCAGUGUGAGGCUGUUCCUUCAGUUUCUUCUCCAGACUGUUCUUUGGUUAUCACUAAGUCAGGGGUCUGGUGCCUCAUGUUUAGGUGAAAGCCAGAGAAUGACAGCUGUAGCAGUAUCUGAGCAUAAGACCUUGAUGUGUGAUUCCUGAUGACUGGUUUCAUUUAUUCAUGUUCUAAAGCAAAGCCCCGGUCCUUUUUAAACUACUAGUUUAAAAAAACCUGUGUUAAAUGAAUAAUUUCCUGGUAGGUUUUGUGUGUUUGUAUCAUUGUGUGUCUAUCUCUUAUAUGUAAGGGACAAGGCACCAGAAUCAGGCUUUAUUUCGAUGUUGAAGAUGUUAUUUAACAUGUUUCUUUUUUCCUUACUCCCUUAGCCAUCCCCUCCCCUUUUGUCCCAUCAUUCCCUAGGACAAGCCACCUGUCAGUUGUGAAGGGUUGUGUUCUUUAUGGCAGGUUCUGUCUAUGCAGAGUGCGCCAGAGCAUGUGCAUGUUCUGUUGGCAGCCACAGUGCUCCCUUGACUGAAGACAUUUCCAAGUGGAUUUCUCAGCCAGCUCUGAAACAGAUUGCUUUUUCAGUGGCCUUACUCUUUGUGGAUUUUUUUUCCCUGAACUUGAUAUAAAGAUUUUAUUUGUCCCUUGAAAAAGUAACAAAUGUGCAUAGAUCAGUUUGUACUACUUUGGUCAUUGGAUAUUUCUGAUCCUUUUUGCAUUGUACCUAAAAGAGAAUAACUAAUGGUAACCUCUUUAAUAGAGUUAUGUGAAAGGUAGUGGCUGAUGAAUCCUUAAUGUUCAUAGGGUCUUUUUCCUGUUACAAUUAUAUAGAAGUCUAAAGGAUUUUAAAAAUCAUUUGCACUUUUUCACUGCAUGCUUACAAUUCCCAAAGGCAGAAUCUAUACUGAGGUAGAUCAUUUGAAAGGGCUAGAUUAUAAAAUUAAGCCUUUGAAUAUGCGAAGUUCUUAUAACAGUAGUACACACUUCACAGUAAGACAAAUGCAAAGCAUCUUAAGGAGUGAAAACAGAGUGUAAAUCUUGCCUUUGGCACUACAAGGGUGUGUGUGUGUGUGUGUGUGUGUGUGUGUGUGUGUGUGCGCGCGCGCGCAGGUAUGUUUUUGUGUCUUUAGUAGAAAAUGGAAGAACACUUUUUAAAGUGUUGAAUGUUUUGUCCUUUCUGUGAAUUACUGAACUUAAGAGCCCUGCUAAAUAAUGGAAAAACACUUUACUAAAAUUUACCAAAUUAUACUGGGUUUGGAUUGUGAAAACAUUGGCCACCUAGUAGCAGUGGUGAGGAGUGGGAGGGUCCAGCAAGCAUUUAUCAGAAAUAGAAUCACAUUAGGAGGAGAAUUUGUCCAUUAUAAUUUGAUCACAAUAUUGAAUGGGAAAAACAUCUAAUAUUUUGUAACAAAAAGACCUUUAUAUAUCAUUUGGACCAACACAUGUAGCUAUUUCCCCAAGGCAAAUUGGACCACACUUAUUUCCCUUGUCCUGUAUCCUUUAAUAUCAGAUCUCAGGAUAUUUAGAAAGCUAAAGCCCUCUACCCCUUUCUGGCUGAAAAUUUGCCUUAUUUGGUACCUUACAUGUUAAUGUUACUAGCAUCAGGAGCUUACUGUUUUAUUAUUCAUCUUCAAUAAUUUUUAGAAGCAAAAAGAAAAACCACUGUGUCCUCCACAAUGAACAAAACUGUUAUCUCUGAUACACAAAGGGACACACACACUUAAACAGAAGCAGCAGCUGACUGAAUUGUGCCUUUGACUGGAUCUGGUUUUGAAAUACUGCUGUUUGUUUCUUGCCGUGGCUUCAAGGGAUGUUACAUGGCUCCUGCGCCUUUUACUCCUCUGCGUUAGGAAGUUUGAGUUGUAUUUGUGCAUCUUAAGGUAGAUUAAAUAAGGCUUGAGGCUGGCCUUUUUUUUUGUUUUGUUUUAAUGUACUUUAAAAAAAUCUGCUUGUUUCCUACCACAGAUUCUUUAUCUUUCCAAACACUACAAGAAAACUUCUAAAACUUUGCCGCUUCAUCUAUUUACACUCAUUGCCACUGACUAGCAGUAUUUAAAUCUUGCAAGAAUAUUUUGUGCUUCCUUUAGAAACACAAGAGUAUAGAUUUUUCUCACUGAAAAGUGAGAGUUACGCAUUGCAACCAUGGAGGGAUGGCAGGAUUAAUUAUAGCAGUACCUUUUUUUCUCCUCCUGUUCUUGACCUGGUUGCCUCUUUUGUUUUGGGUCCCACUUAGGAUUAAUGGAUGUAAGGUAUUUUGUGUCAUUCUGUUGGAAGAAGGUGUAAUGGCAGAAUAGCCUAGUGUUGGGGGUUUUCCUCCAAACAUUGCAAGUGGUAUUGCCACCAUGUGAACCUCAAAUAUGCAAUCCAGUUGUGUUGGUUUCUCACUGACUUAGAGUGUACAUCUCUUUAUGAAUUGUGAGUGCACUGACCAUGUUCUUUAGUUCUUAUUUAUGGUGAGUUGACAAGUACCAACUAUUGCUUUUUAGGUGGCUAUAAAUUUCUUAUUGUCGGGGAAAAUCACACUAUAUUCUGUUCCAUUGAGUCAGCAGGCAUUGUGCUGGGUAGAGAAGUGCCUAUACUCCUCCACCUAAGAGAGCAGGAGGGAAAUCCUACAGCUCCUUGUGAGCCUGUAUAUUAAUUAUGUCGGCCUGGGGAGGACAAGGGAAUAAGACCACUCAGUGAGGCUGGCCAAGCUGCACUGGUCGGACCAGGCAGUGGCUGGCCUAAGGAAGACAACUUGCUUUGCUUAAAAGUCAAUGUUUAAGCAAUGCUUAACACAGGCAGUAUUAACUUUACCUUUUGUUCAGGCCAUCAACAUGUAUUGUUAAAAUUACUGCAUAUCCCCCCUCAAAUAUCAAGUAUACACUGUUCGUGUUGGGGUGUCUGUGUGUCUAUGUACGCAUGUGUCCCAAAUCUUGUUUUAAUUUUUUUUUUUUUUUUCUGAAUGUGAUCAUGUUUUGGAUGAUACCUGAGCAGGGUUGCCUUUUUUUUAUUUAUUACCAUUAUAUAUUAUAUUAUAUUAUAUAUUUUUUGCUUUCUUAUAACUUUGGAGGAAAGUCAAAUCUUGGUAUUAUUAGAACUGUUUUAAAAAAGUAAAUUGUCCAGUUGAUAAAUGAAAAUCACUGGUCUAUCUUUAAAAUAAUGAGUUUUUCUUUAAUUACUGUGGAAUCAUGUGCCAGCUAUCAUCAACACAAUGAUUUUGUACAUAGGGUAGGGAAACAGUGAUGCUCUCAAUGGGAAGAUGUGCAACACAAAUUAAGGGGAACUCCAUAUAUUUUACCUACUUCAGCAAUGGAACUGCAACUUGGGGCUUUGUGAAUAAAAUUUAGCUGCCUUGUAUAGUCGUUUGAAAGAGAAUAUGUGAUCUGUGAGAAAAUUAUAGUUUUUUUUAGAAGAAAAAUAUGCAAAAGAUCUUUCCAAAGACAAUGUGCCACAGAUCUUUUGUUCUCUGUAAUGAGGAUUUAUUGCUGUUUAAACAAAAAUGUAAUUCAUCUUUAAAUUCUUUCCUUUUCAUAAGAGGAUCAAGCUGUAAAAAAAAAAAAUUAAUAAAAAUUUCAAGAAAUCA